ACAACAAAUCGUCCUCGACUAAUUACGCAUCCGUGUGUCUUUAUGUCCGUGUGCAAAUGCUGGGAUAUACAUCCUACAGGGAUUGGUCGCCGGCGAGUGGGCAGCAGCAGCAGGGUUGGGCCCAGCUCAGCACGACGGGUCCGCAGCAGCAGAACGCAGGGGGCUUCGGGCCCCAGGCCACCGUCAAGCAAAACUCAUUUGCUAAUUCCGCCUAUCGGAACGCCGGACCUGGCAGCAACUAUGGAGCAAUGUCCGGUAGCGGCGGCGUGGUCGCAAUGAACGGUGGCGGCGUUACUGACGCUCAGGCGGCUCUUAGCCAAGUCCAACAACAACAGGUUGUAUCCGGCCAACAGUUUCAUUCAGGAGGAGCAGGUAGCGCGAGUAUGGUGGCCGCCGGAAACGGACCAGCCGCCGGGAUGGCCAUGCAGCAAGGAAGUCACGAAUUUAGUCAGAUGCAGAGUAUGGUAAUGCAACAGCAAAAUCAGCAACAAUAUAAUGGCAUGAACGGUUAUGGGCAGAGUCAUGGGUCCCAGCAGCAACCAGGCGGCCAGCAGCGGGGUGGACCAAUGGCCAGUAUGGCGGCCAUGAAUUCCAUGAAUCCAAUGGCUCAAAUGGCUAGUCUGGGGAUGGGUGGUAUGCAAGGAAUGCAACCAGGAAAUAUGAUGGGAACAAUGGGCGGCAUGAAUAACAAAAUGGCAGCAAUGCAGCAGCAACAAGCGGCGGGUAUGGCAGGUUAUCCAAGGAGAUUGGCACCAUAUCCAUCCCCCGCAGUGCACAUGACUCAGAAGAGGCAACAACAGCAGCAGCAGCAAGCUGGAUACCCCACCGGAUUUAACCCUGCCGCCACACAGUAUCCUGCAGGCUAUGGCGGAAAUGGUCGACCUGGUUUCAGUCCUGGUCAAUAUCCUGCUCAACAGCAAACCAUUGGGCCUGGUUUUGGAGGACCCGUGGCUCGCACUGGGAUGCGUCAGAAUACACCCCCUUAUAGCGGCCAACCAACGCAAUCAGCGGUACAACAACAGCAGCAGCAAUACUUCAAUGGAGGUCAAUUCACGCAUCAAACGGGACAGUAUCCCGGAGGGCAAUAUGCAGCUGGACCUGGCGGAUUCCAGCAAGAUGUUUCAUCCGGAAUGAGGAGUAUGAAUUACCAGCAUAGUCCUAUUCCGGGAAAUCCAACGCCUCCUCUUACGCCUGCCGGAAGCAUGCCACCGUAUAUUAGUCCAAAUGCGGAUACGAAACCUGGAUUUAAUGACUUAAAACCUCCUCUACCUAUACAAAAAGAUGAUGAAUUGAGGCUAACAUUCCCAGUUCGUGAUGGGAUCAUCUUAGCUCCUUUCCGACUUGAGCAUAACUUAGCAGUGAGCAAUCAUGUGUUCCAACUUAAACCCACCGUACAUCAAACUCUCAUGUGGAGAUCCGAUCUAGAAUUACAACUGAAAUGUUUCCAUCAUGAGGAUAGGCAAAUGAACACAAAUUGGCCUGCUAGUGUUCAAGUUUCAGUGAAUGCAACACCUUUGAUAAUAGAUCGAGGAGAAAAUAAAACUUCACAUAAACCGUUAUACCUCAAGGAUGUCUGUCAACCUGGCAGAAAUACCAUACAAAUAACAGUGUCAGCUUGUUGCUGUUCACAUCUGUUUGUACUGCAAUUAGUGCACAGGCCAAGUGUACGAAGUGUGCUGCAGGGCCUUCUACGCAAGAGGCUUUUAAAUGCUGAAUUGUGCAUAUCCAAAAUCAAAAGAAACUUUAGUAAUACGGCGCAGAAUACCAAUGGUGGAUUAUCUAAUGAUCGGGAUCGCGAUAUCGAAACUACUGCUCUUAAGGUAUCACUCAAAUGCCCAAUUAAUUUUAAGAGAAUAACAUUGCCAGCAAGAGGACAUGAUUGCAAGCACAUUCAAUGUUUUGAUCUGGAAUCUUAUUUACAAUUGAAUUGUGAGAGGGGUUCUUGGAGAUGCCCUGUAUGCAAUAAACCUGCCCAAUUAGAAGGACUGGAAGUAGACCAAUAUAUGUGGGGUAUAUUGAAUACGUUAAAUUCAUCUGAUGUUGAUGAAGUAACAAUUGAUUCUAGUGCUAACUGGAAAACAACUAAAAAUAUGUCUACUGGCAUUAAAACGGAAGAUGAUAGUGGAGACACUUGUAAUGGUGCAAAGCAACGCAUGAAUAAAGCUAUGUCUCCUGGAUCAAUGACAUUACCAACCAUGAACAAUUGGGAUAUGACACAAGCCAUGUCCCCCUACAUACCACCUGAUAUGAAUUCAAUAGCCAGUGGAUCAAUGAUGAACAACCAAACUGGACCACCAUCCUACAACCAGAGCCAGAUGAACAGAAAUGGCUUGAAUCAAAGCACCGGAUCUUCUGGUUAUGGUGAUUUUGGUUCUGGUCCUGGAAGUAAUGAAUACGCCGCAGGUGCUGGACCUCUGUCUCAUCUUAGCGACUCUGUGAAUUCCUUAGAUCCACUGAAUGCAAUGGAAAAGAGUCUGAAUGAUCAGAUGCCUCAUACCCCUCAUACGCCGCAUACACCUCAUACGCCGCACACGCCAGGAGGAACGCCAGGAUCGGCGCACACGCCUGGUGGCGGUAACUCGGGACCGCCUAGUGUACCCCCGCCACAAUCAGCGGGAGGAAACAACACUACAACUUCAACUUCAUCCUCGGCGUCUGGUGAUAAUGGAAGUUCAGCGAUAAUUAGCAACUCGAUUGGCAGUAAUUCUGGCAACAAUGGAAAUCCAAGUAGCGUGAAUGGAAACAAUGUCACGCAGCAAGGUCCAGCUAGUAAUCAUAACACGCUCAAUGAUGAUAUACCGUCAGAUUUGAAUUUUGAUCCAGCUGCUGUAAUCGAUGGCGAGGGAACAAAUGAAGGAUUGAAUUUGCUACCUGACAGUGUUGUGGACCCGAUGGAACUUUUGUCAUAUCUAGAUCCCCCAGACCUAAAUACACCUCCAUCAAGUGGUGCCUCAAGCAACGGAAACAAUACGACCAAUGAUGACAUAUUAGCUCUGUUUGACUGACUGAGUCCCAAACCUGGUCUCAGGGAUCAAAGAAAAACAAAGACCAUCACAGAUGCUGAAUGUGAUGAUAUAUUGGCUCUGUUUAUGUAAAUUAUAUAUUAAUAUAAACGAAGAAAUCAUCUACCCGAAGCCAAGAAUCGGUUUGAUCCCAGUUUACUACAUCUAAACAAAUUUUGAGAUCAGGUUUGAGGAAUUGAAAACCUUUGUAAAUAGAUGAACAGCCAUUUCUCAAUGGAUAUAUCCAUUUUUAAUUUCAACACAAACUGCCAAUGUUUGUGAGUUUUUAGAUUUUAAAAUAAAACAAACGGAGUAUUCAACUCUCGUUGUAAUUGUGAUAUAAUUAUAUAUGUAUAGACACAGAAUUAAAUAAUUGUUGUCACAAAUUGUGGUCCAAGUUAAUCAAAGGUAUGUGAAGUGGAAAACAGUGUUUUGGAUGUGAUUAUUGAAAAUUUAAGGAUAUGUGAAGAAUAUAAUCACACCACGUUUCAUGAUGCAUUUGUUAAAAGAAUGCAGUAUGACACUACAAAAACAUUUUCAUGAGAUUUUUUUUCAAGAUCAUAUGUGUCAAUGGCAAUGAUUAUUAAAAUUGAAACAGUUCCUCUACUAAGUUUAUAUUGAGACACUAAAGCAAGUUAAAAAUAGUGAAUAAAUAAGCAGAUUUAUUUGUGAGGUUUCAACAGCACUCUAAGAACAUUAUCUUGAUGAUUAUAUAGUUCCAAGAAAUAUCUAAAGUUUAUUCUAAAUUAUUAAGAAAUCUUAAACUAGAAUAAGGCAAAUGUUAAAUUUAUAGAAUUCUCAACAAAUGGAACUAGCAUUUGAGAAAUGAGUUUUUAAAUAUUUUUAUUUAUAAAAAGUUGAUGAAAAAUUUUCAAAAACAUUUUUAUGAGAUAGAGAAUACACCUUAAGCUAUAUCAAAAUCUGGGAAACAAUUGUUUUUAGUACGAUGCUAGUGAAUCUUAUAUAAUCCCGGGGAAUCUAAUUAUAACAAUUUUUUAAAAAAAACAUAAAAUUUGCUGAUGUAAAGUAUUGGCCGUAUGUGAAUAAGAAAUUAAAUGUGUGAUAGCGUUGGACAACAAGUUUUAAAAUAAAAUUUAGUUAAGAUAUAUGAAUGAAAGUGCAAAAAUAUGAUAGUUUUUAAAUUAAAAUGGAAAAAAGAACUAAAAAAAUUGA